AUGCGUUUUGUGCCGGGUCAGCGAUGUUUAAUAGUUUGGCUAGUUUUGAUGCUCACACUUAUUGCACUUGUUAUGUAUUUGGUGAGUUUUUUCCCAUAAAAACUUGGAGGUUUUCCAUAAAAACCAUAUUUUCAGGACAGUUUGGAAGGCUUUCGACAGCUGAAAGAAUCGCAAAGCAAUCAAAAUCUGGAAGAGCCUCGUCCAAUAUUUCUAGCCUUGGUUUUAUUCAUCACCGAUCUCGCCAGCUACAUUACUGUUUUUUAUAAAUUCUACCAUUUCUGCGUUCAAACACCCGGAUCGAAAUUCGCCAAUUUAACCGAAGUUUGGCAAUUCAUUUGGCCAAGAAAUCAAUAUUUUGUUGCUCAACUCGCAGUUCUCACAUUAAAAGUCCUCUUUCAAAUCUUCCUAUUUCUUCGACUCAUUUUUCAUGUUGACGUCCCGAUUUUAUUGAUUUUCAUACCGUUUUGGGGUAUUUUACUCAUUAUUUUGUACGAUUUGACCAUGCGACUUUACCGCAUUCAAAAAGAAGACUAA